GGACUUUUCCAAUUAUAUAAAGGGGCAAUUCUCUCUCUUCCUUUUCCACACGCAAAAAGUAAACCUCCCGAAUUCAGAAGUUUGUUGAAGAAUAUCGGAAAAAAUGUGGAACCAGCCUUAUCGAAAAUAUGACGUGGAAGCCGGCACUGCACCUUUGUAUCCGGAGAUGUUGGAAAGCCCUGAACUCCGGUGGUCUUUUAUUCGAAAAGUCUACUCCAUAAUUACUAUACAGUUGCUUCUAACCAUUGCUGUUGCCUCCGUCGUCGUCACCGUUCAUCCGAUUUCUCACUUCUUUGCGACGACAAGUGCGGGAUUAGGAGUUUAUAUUGUUCUCGUAAUCACUCCGUUUAUCACGUUGUGCCCGUUGUAUUACUAUCACCAGAAACAUCCUGUUAACUACUUGCUUCUUGGAUUGUUCACGGUUUCUCUUGCCUUUACUGUUGGAUUGACUUGCGCAUUCACCAGCGGCAAAGUAAUUCUGGAGGCAGUCAUACUGACAACAGCGGUGGUGAUUAGUCUGACAGCAUACACCUUCUGGGCAGCAAAAAGAGGCCAAGAUUUCAACUUCCUGGGACCUUUCUUGUUCGGUGCUCUUGUUGUUCUUCUAUUGUUCUCCUUAAUCCAGAUCUUCUUCCCUCUGGGUAAGAUUUCAGUGAUGAUCUAUGGCGGUCUGGCAUCGAUCAUAUUCUGUGGAUACAUCGUCUACGAUACAGACAAUCUAAUCAAGCGCUACACUUAUGAUGAGUACAUCUGGGCUGCUAUAUCCUUGUAUCUCGACGUUAUCAAUUUGUUCCUUUCUCUAUUGACCAUCUUCAGGGCUGCUGACAAUUAAAGAGAGGAAGGAGGAUACUAAUUUCUGUCUCAUGUGCAUGGCUUAUCAUAUUUUAUAUGAUACAGAAAUUUAGUUUCUUUUGUUAUGGAUGGUUUGCUUAUUGAUAACUGUAUAGCACGGUUCCUUAGCUAGGAGAACUGCAUCUAUUUUACAAAAUAUGAUAUCCAUUGACUGGGUUUGUCC